AUGUACAUAAGAGGCAAACAUUUUAAUGGACAUUUUCAAAGUUAUAAACCUGGCAUUGGUUUACAGAUGGCAUACUUCCGACAGGGUGUUGCCCUUCAGUAUCUCGGACGCCAUGCCGAUGCACUGGCUGCAUUCGCAUCCGGCCUGGCUCAGGAUCCCAAGAGUUUGCAACUUUUGUUGGGCAUGGUGGAAGCAGCCAUGAAAUCUCCAAUGAGAGAAUCUCUGGAACCGACAUAUCAGCAGCUGCAGAAAAUGAAGCUGGACAAGAGCCCCUUUGUGGUUGUGUCAGUGAUUGGACAAGAGCUACUGACUUCGGGACAUCAUGGUGCCUCAGUGGUUGUCUUAGAAGCUGCAUUGAAAAUUGGAACUUGCAGUCUAAAGCUAAGGGGCUCAGUAUUUUCCGCCCUGAGCAGUGCUUACUGGUCUCUUGGGAACACAGAGAAAAGUACAGGAUACAUGCAACAGGACUUGGAUGUAGCAAAGACUCUAGGUGACCAGACGGGAGAAUGCCGAGCAUAUGGGAAUCUGGGAUCUGCAUAUUUUUCCAAAGGAAACUUUCGAGAGGCACUUACUAACCACAGACAUCAGCUAGUUCUUGCUAUGAAGCUGAAAGAGAGAGAGGCAGCAUCAUCUGCAUUAAGCAGUUUGGGCCAUGUAUAUACAGCUAUUGGCGACUACCCCAACGCGUUGGCCAGCCACAAACAAUGUGUUCUCCUGGCUAAGCAAUCCAAAGAUGAACUGUCUGAAGCAAGAGAGUUAGGCAAUAUGGGUGCAGUCUAUAUUGCCAUGGGGGACUUUGAAAAUGCAGUUCAUUCUCAUGAACAACACUUAAAAAUCGCAAAGGAACUUGGAAAUAAACGGGAGGAAGCUCGAGCAUAUAGCAACCUUGGCAGUGCCUUUCACUACAGACGGAACUUUGACAAGGCAAUGUCUUACCACAACCAUGUCCUCGAACUCGCCCAGGAAUUAUCAGACAAGUCGAUAGAGAUGCGAGCCUUUGCAGGAUUAGGACAUGCAGCACGAUGUAUGCAAGACUUGGAGAGGGCUAAACAGUACCACGAACAGCAGCUAUGCAUUGCAGAAACGCUCAAGGACCGAGCAGCUGAGGGAAGAGCUUCUUCAAACUUGGGAAUAAUUCAUCAGAUGAAAGGGGAAUUUGAUACUGCACUGAAACUACAUAAAACUCACCUUUCCAUCGCUCAAGAACUGAAUGAUUACGCAGCCCAGGGUAGGGCUUAUGGAAACAUGGGAAACGCGUACAAUGCCCUUGGAAUGUAUGACCAAGCGGUCAAGUACCAUAGGCAAGAGCUUCAGAUUUCAAUGGAGGUCAACGAUAGAGCUUCUCAAGCAUCUACGCAUGGGAACUUAGCUGUUGCCUACCAAGCCCUGGGUGCUCAUGACAGAGCUUUGCAGCACUAUCAGAAUCACCUGAACAUUGCUCGGGAGCUUCGGGAUAUUCAGAGUGAGGCUCGAGCACUUAGCAACCUUGGAAAUUUUCACUGCUCUAGAGCAGAAUAUACACAAGCCGUACCUUUCUAUGAACAGUACUUAAGAAUAUCCCCUGACCUACAAGAUAUGGAAGGAGAAGGCAAGGUAUGUCAUAAUCUCGGUUAUGCCCAUUACUGCCUUGGAAAUUACCAAGAAGCUGUAAAAUACUAUGAGCAGGAUCUGGCAUUGGCAAAGGAUCUACACGACAAGCUAAGCCAAGCCAAGGCUUACUGCAACUUAGGCCUUGCAUUUAAGGCGUUAAUGAACUAUAACAAAGCUGAGGAAUGUCAGAAAUACCUUUUGUCUUUGGCACAGUCCUUGAAUAAUUCUCAAGCAAAGUUCCGUGCACUUGGGAACCUUGGUGAUAUUUUUGUUUCAAAGAAAGAUGUGAAUGGUGCAAUAAAGUUUUACGAGCAGCAGUUGAGUUUAGCCCAUCAAGUCAAAGACCGGCGGCUAGAAGCCAGUGCUUAUGCGGCCUUAGGUAGUGCUUACAGAAUGAUUCAAAAAUAUGACAAGGCUUUGGGAUAUCACACACAAGAGCUGGAAGUGUUCCAAGAGUUAAAUGAUCUAUCAGGAGAAUGUAGGGCUCAUGGUCAUCUGGCAGCAGUGUAUAUGUCUCUUGAGAAGUACACCAUGGCCUUUAAGUGCUACGAGGAACAACUUGAACUAGGACAAAAGCUGAAAGACCCUGGCAUAGAAGCUCAGGUCUAUGGUAACAUGGGGAUCACCAAGAUGAACAUGAAUGUAAUGGAGGAAGCUAUUGGCUACUUUGAACAACAAUUAGCAAUGUUACAACAGCUGAAUGGAAAUGAAUCAAUAUUGGACAGAGGUCGUGCCUAUGGAAAUUUGGGUGACUGUUAUGACUCACUUGGAGAUUAUGAAGAAGCAAUAAAAUACUAUGAACAGUAUUUAUCGGUAGCCCAGAGUUUAAAUCGUUUGCAAGACCAAUCCAAGGCAUACAGGGGACUUGGGAAUGGACACAGGUCUAUGGGGAAUUUACAGCAGUCUCUUGUAUGCUUUGAGAAAAGACUGGUGGUUGCUCAUGAACUUGGGGAGACAUCAAACAAAGCCCAAGCAUAUGGGGAGCUGGGGAAUUUGCACAGUCAGCUGGGAAAUUAUGAGCAAGCAAUAUCCUGUCUCGAACGGCAAUUAAAUAUUGCCAGGGAAAUGAAAGACCAGAUAUUGGAAAGUGAUGCAGCAUGCGGCCUGGGUGCAGUGUAUCAGCAGAUGGGGGAAUUCGAUACUGCAUUACAGUACCAUCAACUAGACCUGCAGAUAGCAGAAGAAACCAACAAUCCAUCUUGUCAAGCUCGAGCGUAUGGAAACCUUGGUCUAACUUAUGAAUCCCUUGGUAACUUUGAGCGAGCUGUGGUUUAUCAAGAGCAACACCUCAGCAUUGCAGCAGAAAUGAACGACUUGGUGGCAAAGACUGUAGCUUACAGUAGCCUAGGGAGGACGCACCACGCUCUGCAAAACUAUUCUCAGGCUGUAAUGUACUUACAGGAAGGUUUGAGGUUAGCGGAACAGCUGGCUCGCAGAGAAGAUGAGGCCAAAAUUAGACAUCGCCUUGGACUUUCGCUGUGGGCUAGUGGAAACCUGGAAGAGUCUCAACACCAGCUUUACAGAGCCUCAGCGUUAUUUGAAACAAUAAGACAUGAAGCCCAGCUCAGCACUGAUUAUAAGCUUUCCCUCUUCGAUCUGCAAACCUCAUCAUACCAGGCACUGCAGCGCGUGCUGAUCAGUCUAGGUCAUCAUGACGAAGCUUUAGCAGUGGCGGAAAGAGGAAGAACAAGGGCAUUCGCCGACCUCUUAGUAGAACGUCAAACUGGCCAGCAAGAAUCAGAUCCUUACUCGCCAGUGACUAUUGAUCAAAUUCUAGAGACAAUCAAUAGUCAAAGAGGUCUGGUGCUUUAUUAUUCAUUAGCUGCAGGUUAUCUUUACAGUUGGCUUCUUGCUCCUGGUUCAGGAAUAUUAAAAUUUCACGAAUGUUAUUUAGGCGAUACAUUAAUGGAAAAUGUCAGCGAGUUUAAUGAAUGUGGAAGCAUUAAUUUCCAGACUUCUAAUAACUCGGUUAUAGAGCAGUAUGUCGCAAAUGUUCGAGAGAGCCUGGGAGUCGAGUCGUAUUAUACCAGGACUUGUGCAAGCAGUGAGACUGAAAGCGAGGCGGGGGAUUUUAUGGACCAGCAAUACGACGAACUUAACAACAAAAUGAACUCGGUUACAGAUCCUACUGGUUUCCUACGUAUGGUCAGCAGAAACAAUACUUUCAACAGAAGCUGCCAGAGUAUGACAAGUCUGUUCAGUAACCCCGUGUCACCAGUGAAGGACAACAUGUCUUCUCUUCCCCGAAAACAAACCCCUCUUAACAAACCCCCAUUACGGGCCCUCUACGAUUUACUCUUGGCACCAAUGGAAGGGGCGUUAAUGCAUUCCAGUGGUCCUGUUGGUAGACAUCGUCAGUUGGUGCUGGUUCUGGAAGGGGAACUUUAUCUCAUCCCGUUUGCUUUACUAAAAGGGAGCUCCUCCAACGAGUACCUCUAUGAACGUUUCAGCUUAAUUGCUGUUCCUUCCAUCCGAUCACUAAACAUAAAUUCCAAGUCUCUCUUGCGCAAGAACGCUCCAAUAUAUUCAAGUUCUACCUCGAUGGCAGCUGUUGUGGGGAACCCUAAGCUUCCUCCAUCUGUGAUGGAUAGAUGGCUUUGGGGACCGAUGCCUUCAGCUGAAGAGGAGGCCUACAUGGUAUCGGAGUUGCUUGGGUGUCAGCCCCUCGUAGGUAGCUCAGCAGUCAAAGAAAAGGUUAUGAGUGCUCUUACGCAAGCUGAAUGUGUCCACUUCGCCACUCACAUUUCAUGGAAACUAUCAGCAUUAAUUUUAACACCAAACAGUGAAAGUACUUCGGGAACAAAUAAAAGCACCUUUGGGAACACCUAUACAAUUCCUGAGUCUUUACAAAUGCAGGACGAUGCCAGCGAUGUUGAAAGCAUAUCUGACUGUCCACCUCUCCAGGAAUUUCUUCUGACAGCAGCAGACGUUUUGGAUCUUAGACUCCCUGUGAAGCUAGUGGUUCUCGGGUCCCAUCAAGAGUCAAGCAGUAAAGUUACAGCAGAUGGUGUUGUUGGCUUGACACGAGCAUUUUUGGCUGCUGGUGCCCAGUGUGUCCUUGUAUCUCUUUGGCCUGUUCCUGUGGCAGCUUCCAAAAUGUUUGUACAUGCAUUUUACUCCUCUUUACUCAAUGGCAUGAAAGCAAGCGCGUCCCUCUCCGAAGCAAUGAAAACAGUACAGAGCAGUAAGCAACACUCACAUCCAUCAAACUGGGCAGGAUAUAUGCUCAUUGGAAGUGACGUGAAGCUCAACAGCCCCUCUUCACUGAUUGGUCAAGCGUUGUCAGAAAUUCUCCAGAAUCCCGAACGAGCAAGAGAUGCCCUGAGGGUUCUGCUGCAUCUGGUUGAAAAGUCGUUGCAGAGGAUUCAGAAUGGACAACGGAAUUCUAUGUAUACAUCUCAACAGAGUGUGGAGAAUAAAGUAGGGGGGAUUCAUGGCUGGCAGUCUUUACUCACAGCGGUAGGAUUUCGCCUUGACCCCCCAAGCAGUGGUCUUCCUGCGGCAGUGUUUUUCCCUACUUCUGAUCCGGGUGAACGUUUACAACAAUGCAGCACCACAAUCCAGUCUCUGUUAGGUUUGCCUCAUUCCGCACUGCAAGCACUUUGUAAACUGAUUACAGCUUCAGAAACUGGAGAACAGCUUAUUAAUCGGGCUGUAAAAAAUAUGGUUGGAAUGCUGCAUCAGGUCCUUGUUCAGCUUCAAACAGGAGACAAAGAACAUGAUUUCUCAUCAGCGCCCAUCCAGGUGUCCAUCAGCGUUCAGCUCUGGAGAUUACCCGGAUGCCACGAAUUUCUGGCUGCUUUAGGUUUUGACCUCUGUGAAGUAGGCCAGGAAGAGGUUAUACUGAAAACUGGCAAACAAGCUAACAAGAGGACUAUGCAGUUUGCUCUCCAAUCUCUCCUAGCUCUCUUUGAUUCUACUGAGCUCCCAAAACGACUUAGUCUUGACAGUUCUUCAUCACUUGAAUCAUUGGCAUCUGCUCAAUCAGUUUCAAACCCAAUGUCUCAUGGAUAUGUUGGCCAUCCAUUUUCUCCAAUAUGCCCGGAUGGCAUGGCUUCAGAUGCUAUUUCUGUUUACAGUCUAAGCUCGAUAGCUUCAUCAAUGAGUUUUGUUUCAAAAGCGGAUUGUUUAGCAGAAGGAGAACACAGAGUACGUGUAGACCACGAAAGACCAAAACAUGUUUAUACUCAAAGAACAUCAGCAACAAGGGGUCAGGCUUCUCCACAAACCAACAUCUCAUUAAACAAGGAAGAGCAGGAAGAAUAUGAUGGGUUUUCCAUAAUAAGCAAUGAACCUCUUCUAUCCUACACAGAAAAUACAGAUCCUAAACUCAAACAGGGAAAUAUUCAGGAAACAAUCCAAGUGUCAGUAAACUCUAAAGGCAGUAUAAGCACACCAAAUUCUCCUGUUAAACUAUCACUGAUUCCAAGUCCAAAUUCUCCUUUUCAAAAAGUUGUAAAACUGCCAAGUUCUGAUACUGGAGAAUCCGACCAGUCUAGCACUGAAACAGACAGUACAGUAAAAUCCCAAGAAGAGAACAACCCAAUGCUUAAUCCUGAAGAACUAGCCCAAAAAAUUUUAGAGGAAACUCAGAGCCACCUGAUUGCAGUUGAACGUCUUCAAAGGAGUGGCAGUCUGAGGAACAUGAGUAGUUCAUCGGAUGGUGCAUCAACUCCCAAUGGUAGUUCUACAUUUAGGUCAUCUGAAACAAGUGCUUUUAGUAGACCUGUUCAGAAAGGAAUGCCUUCCCCAGUUACUGUGAAACCAAAGCCUCCAACAAGAAGCUCAUCUCUACAAAAGGUGAGUUCAGGAUAUAACAGCCCAGCAAACUCUGAAACAUCAUUGAAGGACUCUUCAAGACAUAGUGGUCAACCUUCUCCGAGUUCAGAUUCACCUAGUUUCAAGCUGAAAUAUCCUAGCUCUCCAUACAGCUCUCAUAUUUCUAGAUCUCCUCGGAACAUGUCACCAAGCUCAGGCCACCAAUCUCCAGCAGGGAGCACCUCAUCUCCAGCCCUGUCAUACUCUUCUGCUGGGUCUGCUCGUUCCAGCCCUGCAGAUGCUCCAGAUAUUGAUAAACUAAAACUUGCCGCUAUUGAUGAAAAGGUGAAAGCUAUUCAUAAUCUGAAGAUGUUUUGGUCAAGUACCCCUCAACAUUCCUCUGGGCCAAUAAAAAUAUUGCGAGGAGCUCCAGGUACAAUGACUUCAAAGAAAGACGUUCUUAGUUUGUUGAACCUAUCUCCUCGACAUAGCAAGAAAGAGGAAACCACAGAUAAUCUUGAAUUGAAGGAACUAUCUAUCCAGCAAAAGCAUGUUGAUGAUGCUCAGCAAAACCCACCAAAUGGACACAAACACUCUGAAAAUGUAGUAAAUGUUACCCAGUCAGCAACAUCAAUUAAUGUAAGUGGGUCUUUACGCAACUUAAAACUAGCAUCCGGAAAUGGGUACAAGUUCCUUUCACCAGGACGAUUUUUUCCAUCUUCAAAGUGUUAAAAUGUCUUUUAUACGACUUUUACGGCUGUGUUCCCAUUUGUAUUUUGUCGAAUUGCCUUCAUUACGCGAAGGACUAAAAUAUUACAUGUGAAGCAGAGGUCACAAUGGAUUGCAUAUAUACCAAUGUACUACUUGUUCUACAAAUAUGAGUUGUCAUUUCAAUUGGUUAUAUAUGUUACUGAUUAGUGUGUAUAAGAAAAUCAACAGGUACUGUGACAAUCAGAUAGGACGUUAAAAAGUAAACAACUUUAUUAAAAGGAAGCUCCCACACAUUGGUGAGAUUUUUGGUUACAUAUUAAUAGUCUUCAGUGUCGUAUCAGAUAUGCAAUAUGUGUCAAAGAAGCCACCAUCAUAUUCUUGCAGUUGUGUGUUCACUUUUCAAUACAUCAACACGUAUCAGAUAAAGAUUUCCAAAAAC